AUGGGGUUGAAUACAACUAGGCAGCAGUUUUGUGCUCCCCGUUUUUCUCCACGUGAAAUUGAAGUCAUAUCAGGUUUGCUCGCUGGAUUCUCAACAACAAUAGUCACCCAUCCCUUAGAUGUUAUCAAGAUCAGACUCCAGUUAUCUCGAGAUACACCUAAAACUUCGCAUCCCUUAGAAUCGGUAAUAUCUGUGAUUAACAGGAUAAACCAAGAUGCAAAAGUAACAUACAAAUCGAAUCACAAGCCCAAGGCAUUCAAUUAUUUGAUCCAGUACUAUCGAGGUAUCACUCCAAACUUAAUUGGGAACAUUUCUGCUUGGGGAAUUUAUUUUGCCUUGUAUGCCGAAUUUAAAAGCAAAGUCGACACCAGUAACACUACAUUGAAUUAUUUCACUUCAUCGGUAUUAGCGGGGUUAUCGACUUCCAUUAUAACGAAUCCAUUAUGGGUGUUGAAAACACGAAUAUUAGGAAGCUCAAGAAAUGAAUCCAAUGCUUAUAGAUCAGUUACAGAUGGUGUAAAACAAAUGCUAGCGAAAGAAGGAAUCACUAGUUUUUGGAAAGGUACCAUUCCCAGUCUUUUUCUGGUUGUACAAGCAAGUUUACAAAUAACCAUAUAUGACCAUAUCAAAGUGUAUUUACUGAGUGGUAAUCAUAGGUCAGACAGUAUUGGCACAACAUCACAUUUGACAACUUGGCAGUAUUUGUACUCUUCGGCGUCGUCGAAAAUCAUUAGUAUGUUGAUUCUAUAUCCCACCCAGGUCGUUAGAUCAAGACUACAGUAUUCCCAAGACUCUUCAUUAGAUAUUAUUUCCGUAAUUAAAGAGUUGUAUUAUAAAGAAGGUGGACUAAAAGGGUUUUACAAAGGAAUAGGCGCAAAUAUUCUAAGAGUUCUACCUGCAACGUGUGUUACUUUUGUCGCCUACGAGAAUGUCAAAAGAUAUCUUCUGUAA